AUGAAUGCUAUUGUGAAUCUUUCGAGGUUUAAGAAGUGCUGCUGCUACUGUUAUAAAGAUGUUACAGAUGGUGUUUUUGUGUGUACAUGCGGGUUCUCAUUGUGCAGUGUGCAUAAGCAGAUCCAUUUUUACAAAGCUGGAUGUUUUGAAGUGCUUGAGGUGAAAGAUUUUGGAGAUGAGAGAGGAGUUGAGGUUAGAAGCGAAGUGCUUGGUGAAGAAGAGGUGCUUGAUGCAACGAAUAAGUUGAAGGUGUUGGCUGAUCACAAUUACUUUGAGGGAAUAACACAAGAGAAUGAUGAGAUCAUGUGUUCUCAUGGAUGCAGUACAAAUACAGGCAACCUGAAUAUUGGAGAGAUGUGUAAGAUAAAAUGUGAGAAGUGUGACAUAAGGUCUAGGCUCUGGAUAUGUAUUAGUUGUGGAUAUGUGGGGUGUGGAAGAAAGCAGUAUGGAGUUGAAGGUGAAGGGCAUGCAAGAAUGCAUUAUGAGAAGGAAGGACACAACUUAUUUGUGUUGGUUGAGAGCCUUGGAAUGAAGAAUGUGGAAGUCUUUUGUUAUCUGUGUGAUUCUAGAGUGAUGAGUGAAUAUGACAUGUUUGAUAGGAUAGUUAGAAUCAGGUUUAAAGGUCAAAAUGCAAUCGAUGCGAUUGAUGAUAUUUAUGUAAGGAUAGAUUACUCUGGACAAAUAGAAGUCAGUGAUGCAAAUAAUCAUAAAAUUGCUGAUGAGUCUGUAGAAGAGGAGGUUGAUGGACCUUAUAUUGGGAUAGGUAACUUUGGAAACACAUGCUACAUUUCGUCUGUUUUGCAAAUGCUUGGAUAUGUUGUUUCUUAUGAAGAUGUUGACACUGAGAUGCAUUUUGAAGUAUGCCAUGCAAAGAAUCCUCUUGAGUGUUUAUUUUGCCAAUUAAUGCGUGUUUUUGGAAGAAUGAAGCAAUCAGUGAAAGAAAGUAAAGGCAGUAGGAUUUUGAUAGAAGAGUUGGUGAAUCUUGUGUGCAUAAACAUGCCAAUGUUUGAGAGACAUACUCAGCAGGAUGCUCAUGAGUUUCUUGUGUUAUUGAUGGAACAGAUUGCAGAAGCUGAGUGUUUGUAUUUGAUUCCACAGAUCACGUCGCUAUUGAACUUUGAGAUAUGCAUGAAAGUUGAGUGUACUGGAUGUGAUGAAGUGUGCAUGACUAAUGAAAAGAUUCCUGUUAUAUGCACAAUUAUGAAUGAGAAUAUAAGAAAGGCUGUAUAUGUGUUUUUUGAUGAUGAUGUAUGGAAAUGCGAGUGUGGAGGAGAGAAGAGGCGUAAAAAACGCAUUAUGAGACUUCCAAAGUACAUGGCUGUUCAGGUGGGAAGAUAUGUGUAUGAUAGAGGGGAUUUUAAGAAAAUCAAGGAUAAGAUUGGAAUCCGGAGCCUUGUGCUUGAGAAACAUAUGGAUAAUGUUUAUGGAGAUAAUGAAUGUGAGGUUUCAAAAGAUCAUGAAUACCGAGUAGUCGGAUGCAUCAACCAUACUGGAUUACAUCUAGGGUCAGGCCAUUACACAUGGUGGGUUUACAACGAAAAAGGAUGUAAAUUGAUAGAUGACACAAAAAUAGUUGAAUGCAAUGUUGAGAUCUUGGAAGACGGGUAUAUUUUUCUGCUAAGGUAG